GAUUAUUUUCAGGACGGUGAUGCACAAGAGGAACUUGACAGAAAGCACGUAUUAAAGUUGAAAGCAUUAGCCAUCGAACAAGACAAGAAGCGCAAUAGUGAAAAACCUCAACAACAAGAAGAAAAUGUGAAAGAGGAUGAGGAACCCGUUGUAAAACCAAAGCCCACUCGAAUGUCCUUUAUUUUACCAGCUUUGCAAAACAAUCGUUUUUCGGAUGAUGAUAGUAGUGAUAAUGAAUCCUUACAUGAUCCCAACGAAAAAAAAAUUCAGGAACCUUCACCUCCUCCUCCUGCUGCUGCUGUCAUGGAUCUAGCCUCGGAAAUUGAAGCUCUCGAAGUUGCUUCUGCUCCCGUUCCCACCCCAACUCCUGCACCAAAACUUGUUCCCGAACCUGCCACUGUUGUUGAAAAAACUACAAGCACUGAAAAACCUGCUACCUACGAACCGAUUCCAUUUGAAAGACCUUUCAAACCUACCCCUUCGCCCGUGAUUGAAACUCCUACCAUUGCUCAGGUCCAGCCCAUUGUAGUUGAGGAAAAACAGGCUACGAUGGAGGAUAUCCAGAAACAAGUGUUAUUAACUGCUGCUGCUGUAGCUUCUGUGAAUGCAGUUGAAAUUCCCACGACGGAUAAGGCUACACAAGAUGAAUUCAAAGCCAUGGUGGAUCAAGCAACGGAUCUUAGUCCCAGUGAACCAGCACCAGCACCAGCAGUAGCAGCAGUGGUGGAAACAGCAGCAGAAAGACCACCAUCACCACCAUCCAUGAAUCAUUUAGCCGCUAUUUUACCUGCUGUUGAGGAUGCUGUUAAAAAUGUCACCAGCGAAAAGGAAAUGUUACCUCAACCAAGCAAGGAUCAAUAUAUUUUACCAGAGGAUCGUGAGCGGGAAAAGCAUAGUCGAGAGUUUGAAUAUUCAAUUGAGGAUCCUAUUGAUCUGGAUUUGUUUAGAGAUAAUGUGAUUGCUAUUCAAGCGGUUGAUCCAAAGGAUAUUCCUGUAAAUAAUUUGAAGCCUCGGGAGCAGGAAGCUGCAGAUCAACCUGUGAGAGAUGGUAUGAAAUAUUUGUUUGAUAACAAGUUUAUGAAGGCAAAGGCUGUAUUUCAAACAAAGGCUAGUCAGGAUCCUUUGUAUGCUUUAGGUCUUGGAGCCAUGGCAUUUAUUAAAGCAAUUAUGACCUAUCAUGAAUCAGAUGUUGAGAUUGCAAUGAAUGCACUUGCGACGGCUUAUACAAUUGCAAAAACACAAAUUGAUAAUACAUCUUUCAAAAAGCCAUUCAAAGAUACGGUUAGUACAUAUUUUACCACACUUUUAUCCUCGAGCAACACAGGAUUGCCUACGGAUCCUCCUGCCAUGGCUAUGCCUCAUAGUAGUGGAGGAGUGGCAUCACCCAAUGCUUUUAUUCCCAAUGGUGUAUUGAGAGCUCAUGUUGUGAAGGCUGAAUGUUGUUUGCUGAUGGGAAUAAUUCAAAUGACACAAGAAAGUGUGGUGGGAUAUCUCAAGUGUGGAUUGAAUUUAAGGAGAGCUUAUAACAGUUACAGUAUUGUAUGGCAAGAGUACAAACGAAUGGGACAAGAGUACAAAAAAUACAUGGAUUGUGACACGGUGUCUGCCAUCCAAUUUGGUAUUGGUGCUGUUCAACUGAUUUUAUCCUCGAUGCCUCCCAAAAUCUUGAAAAUCUUUUCGGUUUUAGGUUGGAAAAGUGAUAAACAAUUAGGGUUUGCAUUACUUAAAUUGUGUCUCGAAGGACGAGGCAUUCGUGCCCCAUUAGCAUCACUCACAUUAUUGGCUUACUAUUCCGUCUUGACAUCAUUUGCUCCCCAGCUCUAUUCCAAAGAUAUGAUGAGUCCGGCCAUUGAAUGUCUUUUGGAUGCCCAAAGUAAUCAUCCCAACUCUUGCUUCUUUUUGUUCUUUGCGGCACGUAUUGCGCGAGUAGCACGUAAUUUACCCUUAUCAACGCAGUCCAUGACAUUUGCAGCCGAAUCCAGCCGAGGCGAAUGGGCGGAAGUGGCUAUGAAGCAAAUGUCCGAUUAUGAAAUCGGGUUUAACUUGGCGCUUCAGUUGGAAUGGCAAGGUGCAGUGAAUUACUUUGAACAAUUGAGUCGCGAGAAAUACUGGUCACCUGCCUUUACCAAAUAUUUUGUGGGUGCAUGUUACGAGAUGAUGGGUCAGCGUACAGAAGCUAUCUUGGCUUUCGCCGAGGUUCCGACAUUAGCUAAAGAGGGAGAGCGUAAGACGUAUAUUGAUAGUUAUGUCAUGAAAAAAGUCGAGUUCUUUCAAAAGAGUGGAUACCAAGAUAUGGACUUUAGUUUACCUGCUCUGGAAAUUAUGUUGGUCUUGAAUGCGUUUGAAUAUAUGGAACAUGAACAGCUUGAAAAAUGUCUCGAGUUGGUUCAGCAUACGCUGGAAAUCAUUUAUGACAGAGAAAAGAUUGAGUACAAUAUCAGAUUAAGAGAGUUAGUGCCCGUGACCACUCCUCCGGAUUACUAUGAUCAACGAGCCGUUUUAUUGUUAACCAAGGCUUCCAUCUUGAACUCACUUGGUCGCUUUGAAGAGACGAUUGCUCAUUUAAAUUGGAUUUUGGAUCAUAAGCACUGUAUCAAGGAAGAAUCUUGGGUGGUUCCUUUUACAUAUUGGGAAUCCGGUGUUACGAGUUGGAGCCUUGGCAAUUUCAAAAAGAGUCGAAAGCUGUGGCAAAUGGCCAUGGCUUGUACCAAAUAUGAUUUCGAAUAUCGUAUGGCUGUUCGAUUGAGUUUAGCUUUAAGCAAGUGUGAUGAAAUUGGAAUUCCUCAUAUUGACGAUAAGGAAAUCAAGGGCACUUCCACGCAUGGUCGUAAAAGAAUGCCGAUAUUGAAUACAUUUUAAAUCAAAUCAUUGUAGAAUUAACCCGCCUCUUCUUAUCCGCUAAUCUUUGUAUUGUUGCACAAAACAAGAUGUAAAAUAUAUUAUGAUUAAAUGAUACUUUUUUGGAACAAAGUUUUCUUUUUUAAGCGCCUACAUGUACAAAAUGAUAUUCAUUGUUUACCAAACAAAUAAUGAUACUAAUAAAAACAAAGAUGCAUGUCAUAAUUAUGGCUUUUAUUUUGCCACUUGGUUGGUCUAUACACCUUGGGUUGAAUUUUAUAUGAAACCUGUAUAGAAGUGCAUGCAG